AACGUCCAUUCCACACACACACAGUCUCUCCCUCGUACGCACACGCCGACAAAGGGGGAGGGUGGGGAAUCAACCCGCUACUUACGGUGGACGCAGCUCAAUUCGGUCCCCUCUCCGGGAAAGAAUAGCGCAUCCCGAAGAGAAGAUCAAUCCUUCUUCCCUUCACGUCUUGAUUUCUUGCUUCGGCAAACGAUCUGGAUAAUUAGGGUUCCGAUUUGGAGGGGAAAAGGUGGUUGCUUGUCGCCCCCUUUUCCCGAGAAGCGAGGACGCGAUGAGGAAGGGGGCUUGUAUUCUUCUCGUCGCACUUCUCUCCGUGGUCCUCCGCGGCGUGGAUCGAUGCGCGGCCGCAGUAGAGGUCGACACAAACGCGACUGGUACCAACAUCCUAGUUGCAAAUUCUGUCACAACUAAGGCAGGUCGUCCUCGGUUAAACAAUGCUGGUGAAGAGAGGAAGAGUGCUGAAUUGGGCAAACGACCCUUACAUGAAACCAAGAAACCUCAUGAUACGGACACAAAGGGGAGUUCAAAUGAGACGAGAGAUAAGCCAUUGGAGGUGCCAAAAAUAAAGGAUGCCAAUGGAAACCAGAGUUUGGAGAGUGGAUCAAAUCCCAAGACGCCACCCCUGGAGGAUUCCCCUGUGGAAGGCUGUGAUCCAUCCAAUAGAUGCAUUGACGAGAAGAACAAGUUUGUUGCUUGCCUGAGAGUACCUGGUAAAGAUUCUCUAUAUCUUUCACUUCUGAUAGAGAAUAGAGGGACAAAAGCCCUUGAUGUUAAAAUAGUUGCUCCUGAUUUUGUCAACCUGGAAAGAACUUCAGUUAAGCUUCAAGCAAAGCGAAAUGAGGAGGUGAAGGUUUUUGUCAAGGAUGGUGCAAAUGACACGACAAUUAUUUUGAACGCAGACGAUGGUAAUUGCCGCCUCAAUUUGCGGAAUAUGAUCCCAACAUCUGUCAGGGGCGAAACAUCCAGAUACCUCAGUUUUCUUGCUCGAACUUUAUCCGUCAGCAUGUUUCUCGGUGUAGUUGUUUUGGUCACUGCUGCUUGGUUAUGCAUCAGAUUAUGGCGGACAUAUGGCAAAAGUAUUCCCAGCUACCAGAAGGUCGAUAUGGUGCUGCCCGUUUCAACAGGAGGAAGCAAGGAAACUGAUGAGGCUGACGGCUGGGAUAACAGUUGGGGAGAUGAUUGGGAUGAUGAAGCACCAAAAACUCCACAACUUGUUUCAACUCCAUCAUCUAAAGGUCUUGCUUCAAGGAGAUUAAACAAAGAUGGUUGGAAAGAUUAAUUUAGCUGUGCAGAAUCCAGAUCCAGAAUGAAACAAGGUUGAUUAUUCCAUGGUGUCAUGUGCCAAAUGGUGUACAGUGCUGUCUCUUUUUCCAGAAUACUAGUUUUCUGUCAUUACAUGGCGCAAGAAUGUACUAUCAGGAAGAUAUGCAGUAGGUUCACAGAACUGUGUGCUUAUGAUAUCAUCCUGGUUUUUUGAAUCAAAGAGCACAGCACCUUUUCAUGGCCAGAAAGUUUUCCAAUUCAUCAAUAUCAAGAACUUUGCUGGAAAAAUUCAAAUAUCUUUCCUUUCUCAGCUUUU